AUGCCUUUCAAGCCCUUCGCACAUCUUGCCCGUGUCAGUGUCGCAAAGGGAAUCGCCCAUACUUAUGCUCCGUCUGUAGUUGCUGCUGGCCAGUCACUCGGACAGUUUCAAAAUUAUCCGGUCACAAAAUUCGCGAAGACCGCACAACUUCAAAAUGCCUUCUCAAGCCCGUCGGGCUCUGGUGCAGGUGCGAAGGCAGGUUAUACUACUCAAUCAGGCGGCGGUGAUGCUGGGUUAGCCCAGUACUACGCCGCCUGGCAACAUGCACAACAGACUGGUGAUGACUCGGAUUGGAAGAAGCAUGAGUACGCGCGACGGAUAGGCUGGAAAAAUCAAGAGAGGGUUGUGCCUACUUCAAAACACCACCGUGUCGAGUCUUACCGAGCCGUCGACCUCCUCCGACCCUCUGCACGCAUAACUGUUUCGCGCGUCAACAGUGAACGAGCCACCCCCAAGAUUCACGAAGCCGAGGAAGCCCUCGCUGAAGCCGAAGCACUUGCAAAGGUAGACGAGGAGAUCGUGAAGGAGAUCGCUUCCCGCCAGAUCGAGAACGCCGCUCCUCAUGACGAAGCGGUCGGCAGCCCUGUUGCGAGCACACGAGUUCCGACUCCCUCCGUCCAAGAAACUGGUGCGACCGAACUUGAGUCUUCCACCAGCUUCGAAAACACAUCGCCGCCCACUGACAUCACCUCACUGGCAUCGGAAGAGUCUGCCCUCUCUGAUCAGAUUGUUCAGCUUGGCCUCCAGCACCGAUAUAGCGAAAUCCCCGCUCUCUUCGAGACAAUCAUCAAAGAUGGCCAUGUGCCGACAGUGGAGGCGUACAAUCAUAUCUUGGUCUCCGCCAUUAAUCUGACUCAAGGCUACCAGCCAUGGCCCAGAGCUCUCGAGGUGUACGGCGACAUGACGAGGCGCGCCGUCGAACUUAAUGGGACAUCAUACGUGAUCCUCCUUCGCUUUUUGGCCGCUCGGAGCCUCGAGGCAUACCAGGUGCAAAAGAAUCUUGGUGAACGAGCUACUCGAUAUGGGAGUGAUGGCUCUUUGGUCUUCCCUUCUGCUACCAGACAACAUCAACUCUACGCCGCUGACACGUCGCUUGCAUUUGCUACCAAGCUGUACAACAUUGCUCGGGCUACUCUCGAAGAUUUCUCACUCUCGGCCGAAGUAUACAAUGCCCUAGUCAAGGCCUGUGCCCAAUCCGGUAUGGUUGAGCAUAUGAACUCGCUUUUGGCCGACAUGAAUGCCCAAAACAUUCCUUUGGCGUCACAGCUAUACACGACUGUUAUCGAUGCGCAAGCUUCUGUGCAAGACAUCCACGCUGCACAAGGCCUGUACGAGGAGUAUCGUGAUCUGGCUAUCAGCAGAGCCGCCAAUGAUCCGCUUGACUUAAAGGUGUACGCUUCCUUGAUCAAGGCUUACUAUGCUUGCGGGCUUGCUGAGACUGGAUUACGUUUCUAUGAGAAGAUCCUCCAGUCCUUCAGAGGCUCCGCAAACGAGAAAGCUUUGUCGGAUAGCCUGACAAGCUCCUUCGUGCUGGAUGGGCUUGUUCAGCAUCAUAUCGAAAACCAGGCCUACUCCACUGCGAUCUCAAGUCUUGAUGACUUCACCUUGUUGCCCGCUAUACGAGACGAGGCACUAUCGAGGAUCUCGAUCGCUGCGGCUGAUGCAGGAAGCGUUGACGAGGCUGUGCAAUCCUUCAAUGCCAUCAAUCCAACAAACUUGAAGGCCGAGCCUAUCACGGCACUUGCUGCUCUACAUAUUCGAAGCGGUGAGAUCGACAAAGCCAAGUUGACCUGGAACGAUGCUCGAUCUCUGCCGAUUGCUCCAAGUACUGAUUUUGCAGCAAUGUACGGCAUGGCGUUGAUUAACUCUGGCUCCGUCGAAGAAGGUGUGGGUGAAGCCCGGUCGAUGUUCCAACGCAUCCGCUCCUCAGCCAGCACCGAAGCAAGCCGUCAACUUGCUGUGGCUGAAAUUGACGAAGCAAUUAUCCUCUUCGGCGAGGCCCUUUCGAAACAACAGGCUGUGGUCUCUGCAACAACAAGCAUCACCUUGUUGCGGACUAUGAUCGAAAAUGGAGGUCUUGUCUCUCCAGUUGCCGAGCAUGCAGUUGCCAGCCUGGGACCAGAAUGUGUCCAUCAACUUAAUGCUCAGGACAUCGCUCUGGCUCUUCAUGUUCAGGCUCAAAUGCUCAUGUAUCGGGAAGUUGUCGACGCUGCCCAUCCGGCCAGGUUUUCCCAUCUUCUUGAGACCGUGCUCAAUCGUGGCAUUCUUAUGGAUCCGUCGACAGUUCACGUGGUGAGUGACAGCAUACCAAAAAUUGGCAAUGCGCGACCCGAUCUCCUGCAGCGUUGGAAUGAACUCCUUCACCCUGCUCCCCCUGCCCCAGUCGCAAUGCCGCAAUCGCCCUUGUCACCGCAUUCGGCUCUGCUCGAGGUAUCGGCCCACGAUACUUAUGAUCCCUAUGCCCAUACUACCGACUAUCGUGCCUCCAAAGCAAUAUCCGAACUGGUCGAGAGCACCACCGGCCGUAUUGAAAACCACCUCAAUGACGGGCUCUCCCGGUUGAGAAACGUCCGUCGAGCGGGCAGAAAUCUACAUUAUUCUGCUUACGCUAAGUUGAUCACCGCUGCGGGUAAGGCCAAACAAGCAAACUUGGUUCAAGAGAUUCUGAGUAUGGCACAUUCCGACGUCCCGAUGUCAUUGCAGAUCCCAUCUGUUCGUGCAGGAUGGAUCACGAUUUUGGAUUCCAUGAUUGCGGCUUGCUUGACUGUUGGAGAUCGCCAGCAAGCAGGCAAAUUCCACCAAGACCUUCUGGAUAUGGGAGCAGCACCUUCCGCAAAUACCUUUGGCAUUUACAUUACCACCCUGGAGGGUACUUUCGACGAAGCGACUGAAGCCGUCAAGAUUUUCCACCGUGCUCUGUCCGAGGGAGUCGUUCCGAGUGUCUUCCUCUACAAUGCUGUUAUUGGCAAACUCGGCAAAGCUAGGCGGAUUGACGACUGCCUGCGUUACUUUGGCGAUAUGGAGGGUCGCGGCAUUCGUCCUUCAUCUGUCACCUAUGGUACAUUGGUGAACGCUCUUUGCCGAACCAGUGAGGAGCGCUUUGCGGUUGACAUGUUUGACGAGAUGGAAGCAGCACCCAACUACCGUCCUCGACCUGCUCCAUACAAUUCCAUCAUUCAAUAUUUCCUUAAUACAAAGCGCGAUCGCAGUAAGGUCCUGCAGUACUAUGAGCGGAUGAAGUCGAAGAACAUCAAGCCUACCUCUCACACGUACAAGCUCCUCAUUGAGUCGUACGCGUCCCUGGAACCUGUCAACCUCACUGCUGCCGAAUCUAUCCUUUCCGAAAUGAAACAAAACGGUGUGCAGCCAGAGGCAGUCCAUUAUGGGUCUUUAAUCCAUGCUAAGGGGUGCGUUAUGCACGACAUGCCUGCCGCAAGAGCCGUUUUCGAUUCCGUCCUGCAAGAUGGUAAUAUCCGUCCAACCGACACACUGUAUCAGAACUUGCUCGAAUCAAUGGUCGCCAAUCACGAAGUUGAGAAGACUCCCGAGAUUUUGGCCGACAUGAAUCGACGUGGGGUCUCUAUGACUCCCUACAUUGCGAAUACGCUCAUCCAUGGUUGGGCUGGUGUAGGCGAGGUUGCAAAAGCCAAAGCGAUUUACGAGCAGCUUGGCAUGGACAGGCGUGAGCCCAGCACCUACGAGGCCAUGACACGGGCCUUCCUGUCCGCGGAAGAUCGUGCCAGUGCCAACGCGGUGGCACAAGAAAUGCUGAAGAAAGGAUAUCCUGCCGCCGUCGCUGACAAAGUGCUUGCCCUGGUGGGUGGCAUUGCGGCCUAA